CAGGUUAUUGCAACAUUUGUCGGGGUGAGGUUCGGUGCGUGAGGUAGGCAUGGGCGCAGCUUCCGAAUGAUUUCUCUCACCUUUCCAUUCGCGUUGGAACGCGAAGGAGAUGCUGUCGGACCUGUGGCUCGACAAACUCGUACAUCUCACCCUGCUUAAUCCUCUUGUCAACAGAAAGACAGGAGGAAUGCCAGCUCCUGAGCAGAGCCCAGUGACGGAGGAGGGGCUUCCGCUGACCAUCCGCGACAGCUCGACUGGCCGCAACAUGGAGGCUGACCGCACCGCCAACAACAUCCUGGCCUCCGUCAAAGAGCAGGAGCUUCAGUUUGAGCGGCUAACCAGGGAGCUGGAAGUAGAGAGGCAGAUUGUGGCCAAUCAGCUGGAAAGAUGCAGACUCGGGGCCGAGUCACCAGGCGCUGGUAGCAGCAGCUCAUCUGAGAAGUCCCUGCCCUGGAGAACUGCAGAUGCCUCUGCCUCAGGGGACGCAAAGUCUCGGGUGACUGACAGCUCCCAGUCGCCCAGCUACCGCAUCAGGACCGAGUCAGAGCAGGUGUCUCUGUACUCCCCGGAGCAGUCCUCCCUUCAUGAAAGUGAGGGGUCAGGAGGGAAUUCGUGUAGCUCGACCCAGAUGAAUUCUUACUCGGACAGUGGCUACCAGGAUGCCAGCAGCGGCUACCUCAGCAGCCAGAACGCGGGCAAGUCUGAGCUGAGGAUGCAGCACUCCUUCCCUGGUGCUGGCACCGGCAGCCUGAUGAGGAAUGCCAGGGCCGAGGGCCAAGCUUCAGUCCAGGUUCAAGCAGUCACAACAGCAGUUCCUGGCCGUGCAAUGCGAAGGGUAAGCUCAGUGCCUUCUCGCUCUCACUCGCCAGCCUACGCCAGCAGUAUGUCCCCCUCCCGCGGCUCCCUGCGUACCUCAGUUGGCAGUGCCUACGGCUCCCCCAUUGUAACGGAACCCAAACCCCUCUCCAGCAUCUACUCUACCACCUUGCCCUCUGCCCAGCGCAACAGCACUACCGGAGGCGGGGGCAGCGGCUCACCCUACUCCACCCAGAAAAAUUCUCCCGCCGCGCUGCGCCGCGUGGGCUCCGCGAACUCGCGGUCCGGCAACGCCAGCCGCACCACCUCGCCCUAUCAGGCCUCCGCGGGGUCAUCGUCGGGCCGCAUGGGCUCACCCCUGACCAUGAUGGACAACGUCAACCCGCCGCUGACAAAACAGCCCGGUCACUCGUCGUCUCCGGUCAGGGCCAGCAUGACCGCCGUGCCCCAGCACUACAGCUCCACGCUGCCCCGCUCCGUGCUCCACAACGCCGACCCCUACGGACCCCAGAGUUACGACAUUUACGAGAGGAUGACGAGACCCGACAGCCUCGCAGAUGCCCUCAUUGACGGCGACGUUCAAGGCGUACGGAGCUCAUAUGCCAGUCAGCACAGCCAGUUAGGCCAGGACUUGAGGUCGAACUUGUCCCCGGACCGCCACAUUGCACCAAUCUACGAGGAUCGGACGUUCCUGGGUCCACUGUACCGCAGCCCGAGCCACACCCAGCAGGGCACACUGUACCGGAGCCCCUCAGGUGUGGGAAGUCUACAGAGGACAUCCAGCCAGCGCAGUGCCAUGACCUACCAAAGAAACAACUAUGCUCUUAACACAGUGGCCACCUAUGCUGACCCGUAUCGCUCGGCGCAGUACCGGCCCUCCGACCCCAACUACGCCCGCCAGGCUGUCGUCAUGGACGACGGCGCCACCCGCUCGCCCUCCAUAGACAGCAUUCAGAAAGAUCCGAGGGAGUUUGCGUGGCGCGACCCCGAGCUGAUGGAGGUAAUUCACAUGCUACAGCACCACUUCCCCUCGGUGCAGGCCAACGCGGCUGCCUACCUGCAGCACCUGUGCUUCGGCGAUAAUCGAGUCAAGAGCGAGGUGUGUCGCCUGGGAGGAAUUAAACACCUCGUGGACCUACUAGACCACAAAGCCCUCGAGGUCCAGAAGAACUCUUGUGGAGCUCUGAGGAACCUCGUUUACGGCAAAGCUAUGGACGACAACAAGGUUGCCGUGAGGAACGCGGGGGGCAUCCCGGCGCUGCUCCGCCUGCUGAGGAAGACUGUGGACGCAGAAGUGCGGGAGCUCGUCACAGGGGUGCUGUGGAACCUCUCGUCAUGUGACUCCGUCAAGAUGACAAUCAUUCGGGACGCCUUAACAACUCUGACCAACACUGUGAUCAUCCCUCACUCCGGAUGGAGCAGCGCCACCUUUGACGACGACCACAAGCUGAAGUUUCACUCCUCCCUGGUGUUGAGGAACACUUCGGGCUGCCUGAGGAACCUGAGUUCAGCCGGUGAGGAGGCGAGAAAACAGAUGCGCACAUGCGACGGCCUGGUUGACUCACUGCUCUACGUCAUCAAAGCCUGUGUAAACACCUCUGACUUCGACAGCAAGAUUGUGGAGAAUUGUAUUUGCACUCUAAGGAACCUGUCAUAUCGUCUGGAGCUGGAGAUUGUGCCGUCCCGACUUAUAGGAGGGGAGGAGCUGGACGGCCUGCUGGGCAGAGAGUCGCCCAGUAAGGAGGUGGAUUCCAGCUGCUGGGGCAGAAAGAGAAAGAAGAAGAAAAACAGCCUGCAUGAAGACACGUGGGACGGCGUCGGGCCCAUCCCUGGAUUCUCAAAGUCUCCCAAGGGUGCAGAGAUGCUUUGGCACCCUUCAGUGGUUAAGCCCUACUUGACACUGCUGGCCGAGAGCUCAAAUCCUGCCACUCUGGAGGGCGCAGCUGGGUCCCUGCAGAACCUGUCAGCCGGCAACUGGAAGUUUGCGGCGUACAUCCGUGCAGCAGUGCGUAAGGAGAAAGGAUUGCCCAUCCUGGUGGAGCUGCUGCGGAUGGAUAACGACAGGGUUGUGUGCUCGGUGGCGACGGCUCUGAGAAACAUGGCUCUGGAUGUGAGGAACAAGGAGCUCAUAGGGAAGUACGCGAUGAGGGACCUGGUCAACCGUCUCCCCGGGGGAAACACCACGCUGCUGUCGGACGAGACCGUGGCGGCCAUCUGUUGCACCCUGCACGAGGUCACCAGCAAAAACAUGGAGAACGCCAAGGCGCUGGCCGAUACGGGCGGCAUCGAGAAGCUGGUCAACAUCACCAAGGGCAGAGGAGACAGGUAUUCUAUGAAGGUGGUCAAAGCAGCCGCUCAGGUGCUGAACACGCUGUGGCAGUACAGGGAUCUGCGUACCAUCUAUAAAAAAGACGGAUGGAACCAAAACCAUUUCCUCACCCCAGUGUCAACACUAGAACGGGACAGGUUCAAGUCCCAGCCCACCCUUCCCACCAGCACCGUUCAGAUGUCUCCAGUUAACCACCCCGCUGCCAGCGCCACGUCGUCUCCUGCGAUGCUGGGCAUCAAAGAGCAUAGGGACACGAUCAGAGAUUAUCAGAGAGCGCAGUCAACUAUGCAAUUUUAUAAUUACCAAGGAGACAACGGUAUCCAUAAAAAACAGUAUACAGGGUCUGGAAAGCCGUCUCCUUAUUAUUAUCCAUCGCCCACAAGAGAGGAGCCCAGAAGAACACAGCCGAUGUAUUAUACAGAAGAGCCGAGCAGGAGGAACUACGACACCUACAGAAUGUACCUGCAGCAUCCCCACGGCUACGACGACUCCUACUUGGAGGAGGUCAUCACCUACCCUCCCUCGGUCGACUACGGCUCGCAGCCCCAUGGACUGAAAUCCGCCACCAACUAUGUGGACUAUUACGCUAGCACGCAAAGGCCUUCCUUCAGGGCAGAGCAGUACCCCGGCUCUCCCGACUCCUGGGUGUAGGCCGACGUCCUCGUUCACACCCGAUCCUGGUUUCGGGGUCGUGAGGAGGGGCGCGGGCGAGGAGCCGGGGAGCAACACGGGAAACGACAGACAUUUUCUUUUUCAUGAACUUGGCUUUACAAUUUGUUUGUUUCAAAGCGGAUGUGCGUGUACGGAGGAGAGUUCAACCGAGCGAUAGCAGAUGGAAAGAUGGGAUGUGUGCCAAAGAAGGAAAUCAAGGAAAGUUUUUUUUUUUUUUUUUUUAAAGUUUUUCAUUCAAGUAGAGGAAGAUGGAAUCACGCUUGAGGUUGAGGGGCGACGCUGGACACUGCGGCGAGGAGGCGUGCGCCCUGUAAUGUCUAGAUGUUAGGUUUAUUUUCUUCAUGAAACUCUUAGCUGUGAUAGCAUGGUGAAAGGUGUGAGUCAUGUGAGCGAGGGUCCGUGGUAAGAGUCGAGAUAGCGAGGGACGGGUGCAGUACGUAUGUGUCAAAGCCAAAAUGGAUCAUGAACUCAUAUCUGUAAAAAAUUAAAAAAGAAUAGUCAACUAAUGAUGUUAGAUUGUACAGAGGGAUCAAAGUGUAUCUGUACUUAAUGUUGAAGCUGUGUAAUGCCAUGGAGUCUUGUACAUUUCUUUCAUUUUAUUGUAAAUACAGAUAAAAAAAAAAAAAAACACAACAUGUUACCUGGUUUACAUCAGCACUGGUUUAAAAAAAGAAAAAAGAAACACGUGCCAUGUCAAAUCUCUAAAGAUAUAUAAAUAUACAAAGAACUAUGUGGGAAAAGAUGGCAUCGUAACACAACCAUGUUAACACAAUAAAAGGUCAGUUUUGUUUUUUAAA